AUGUCGACAAUAAGCUCUCAAGAGUCUGCGAAUGUGCUGCGUAACUUUGUGAAAGUCGGUGUGUCUUCGAUAACAUACCUCCGAAACCUUUUUGUUGAGUCUGCCUUUGAGGACACUGUGAUUGGUGGUCUUCAACUAAAACGUUUGACACGUGCGAUACCUGAAUCAGCUGCACUGUUGGACUGGAUUGAAGAUGGUGUUUUCGAUGCUAUGAGCCGUGAAUACCUUAAGCACUUGGUACUGAGCAUCCAUAACAGCGAACAUGUGGCACUGGAAUCGUAUACCUUUUCUUUACAGUACGGUGGGCAGGACUGCGAUGGAGUUCCGAGUGUAUAUUCAGUACAGUUGUCCGUGGGUCAUGGCCCUAUGGUGGAUAAUUCAACUGGUAGUGCUGGGGAGGCCCAAGGAUCCAUCACUAAUACUAGAGCCGCUGAAGGAAUAGUGGUGAAUGCAGAUAAGGAGGAUGUAAAACGACAGACAGUAAAAGUAUUACGUGAUCUUGUGCUAUUAGCACAAUCAUUAUCACCUUUACCGGAUACUCGUUUCUUGUCCAUGAGAUUGCUAUAUUACGACGAGCGAGUACCAGCAGACUAUGAGCCUCCACACUUCCGUAGCGCUUCUGGAGACGAAGAGUUUGGAGUCGGCUUGUUGAACCUUGAUCAGCAGGUAGGUGAGCUGGAGACUGGACAUCACAAUCUCGCGGUGGAUGUACGUAGCUGUUGCUAUAUAGACGAUAACGUAACCACCUACAAAACCGGUUCCAAGCCAUUUGACACCCUAACACGCCGUACUUCGAUGAGUAGUGCUAAGCCAUCAGCACCACCAUCGGCACAAAUAAGCUUUCAAGAAAAUGAAACUACAAGUUGCGAUGAUACAGCAGCUGCAAUGCGACUUCCACCCGGUUCAGCUGUACGAAGAAGUGGAGUUCACGUUGCAGCUCGUCCUCCAGGCGCUAACCGUACUACAAUUUUUGAACUUCUUAAGCGAGGUCAUGAGUUAUCCAGGCAGACAAAAUUCGUCAGCAAAGAUCGCCUCAGCAAUGCUUUGGGUGUCGACCCUAAUAUAACCAGGGUAGUGCUUAAAAAGAUGAUUGACUACGGCUAUAUAGACUCGAAGUUCGUGAAAGGAAAAGGGUACAUGAGUCUAUGCUUUGAGCCAUCUAAGAACAUGCCUCAGCAGGAGUGUGCUUCCCAGUAG